CUGGGCCGUACGUUGGCGAGCGAAAAGUAGAGCUGGACCAAUUUCUUGGUUAGGGGCAGAAUCGGAAGCAUAGUUUAGGUAGGAAGCGAGUUUGCUUUGCUCUCUUCCUCUUUAAAAAAACCACAAACUCCACAAACAGUCCAACAACAAAGUGAGAAACAAAGAAAACAGGAAAAACACUUUCAUACACAGAGAGAGAGAGAGAAAGAAAACCAUGUCUGGAGGUAUCGCUCGUGGUCGUCUUGCUGAGGAGCGAAAGGCUUGGCGUAAAAACCAUCCACAUGGUUUUGUUGCGAAGCCAGAGACUCUGACCGAUGGUACGGUCAAUUUGAUGGUUUGGCAUUGCACUAUCCCUGGCAAAGCUGGUACUGAUUGGGAGGGUGGCUACUUCCCACUAACGCUCCACUUCAGUGAAGACUACCCUAGCAAGCCCCCAAAAUGUAAAUUCCCUCCAAAUUUCUUCCACCCUAAUGUCUACCCAUCUGGAACUGUCUGUCUAUCCAUUCUUAACGAGGAUAGUGGGUGGAGACCAGCCAUAACCGUGAAACAAAUUCUUGUGGGAAUUCAGGACUUGCUUGAUCAGCCAAAUCCUUCUGAUCCUGCCCAGACAGAAGGAUAUCACCUCUUCAUCCAGGAUGCUGCGGAGUACAAGAAAAGAGUUCGACAGCAGGCCAAGCAAUACCCACCUAUUGUGUAAGGUUAAACCUAUGUUUCAGAGACUGUAUUAUGGUAACUGUGAGUUACCACCUCAUGUUUGAUGCUAAAAAUGCUAUUCUAAUAUAUUGCUGGGAUUUAGCAAUUCUAAGAGAUUGCGCUGAAA